GUUUCUGAUCUGUCACCUGCUCACAUUCCCCAUUUCACCUCAAUUUGACAACUUUCCAACCAACCAUGACAGAUUAAAAUGACCGCAAGUCAUCCUUGAUGGGCUCUCUCCAAGUGCUCAGGAGCACCUUUGGUGGGCGACAUACCCAGUGGAAACUCGACGACAACAGAAAGACAGCAGCGCGUACAUUCUCUUCGGACUCAACAACAUCUGCCGAAAACAGCAGCCCAGUCUUAUCCUUCCCGACCGGCGUCUAUCAUUUAACCCGGAAACAAUCAACCAUCCAAACCCACCAUCAGAUAUCCAUGUCAUUACCUGAAAGAGGUUCAUUGUCGAGACACAACAGCCUCAACUACAGUACAGAAAGCCCUGGCCUCAAUAGCAGUGAGGUACAGGCGUGGGACUCGAAUGUGCAAGCUCGGCCUGUAGCCUCUUCUUCACAAACACAAAGUCAGACGAGAUUAGGGUGCUAUACCACACAAAUACCCUCAAGGAUCCCGACGCCUGCGAAGUCUCCAGCCGGAGAUUUAUACCCCCAUGUAGUAUAUCGAAAAGAAAGCAAAAGAAGUGCGUUAUCUUCCUUGGCAAACCAGUGCGUGGAUAUGAAAAGACAUGCAGGAACCGUCAACAAAGAGAAUAUUAAAAAUAGAGAAGAACAAGGGAUUGUCCAUUAUGAAAACGCGCAAAAUUUCAGGUCGUUAAAGAGCCUAUCCGACUCGAACGCAGCUGCAAAAUCUAGGCUACAGUCCCGAGGUUACUAUCAGAGGAUUAUCGAUAGUAAUCUCAUGCAGAGAGCAACAGCAACAAGAUUACCGUCAAAGCGACAUCAUAGCAGCAUGCCUCCGGAAAAGUCUACUCCUAUCCCCUAUGUCGCUGUUGACAGACCUGAAAGUACAUACAGCUCGCUCGUAUCUCCUGAAGCUAGAAGUCGACCCUCGGUUCGACUAUUCAACCCUGUAUCAGCACUCAUAUCACGAUUUGAGACUGGGACACCCAGAGCGGAGAGCGUCAAAAGCACUUGUUCAAGCGCAAGUGGGAUAAUCCAUGGACACGGCAAGGUCUUGACUUUGGGGAAAGAGCGAAUUGAGCACCUUGUUCCCAAAGGGAAGUUAUCAGUACGCCAUCAGUCGAUCGGGUACUAUCAACCCAAAAUUUCUAGAGCAACGAAUGUCACUCGAAAAGAAAGCGGCCAAAUGGAGUACAUACCCAAAGGACUUCGAUGGACCACCGGAUUCGAGAAUCUGAAGCUCGAAGGUAGGGCAAAGAGUGGUGCAUUUUUACUCCCUAAUCGUGCAAGAGCUCCAAGCCAGAGUGCCACAAGGUUGAGCCCACUUUCAGAUGCAGGAAGUGCGAGACUUAGGGAUCAAACAGGGAGAAUGGUAUUGUUGAGAAGCCACUCCGUGGGGAUCCGUUCGAGGUUGAAGAAGCCAGGACUAACGAUCCUUGCUGGCUGUGUUUCGCAGGUCAGUGAAUCUCAACCUCAACAAUACUGGCUCGGUAGAUUUGUCACUCUUGUCAAUGCAUUCCAUUAUGAGGAUUCCUUUAACGAGCCAGACAUCGCAACGGGGUUCGGUAUGUUAUCUAGUUACUCUCGUCCGUUGGGGCAUACGGACUCCAACGAAGCAGGAUACCGCAUAAAACGAGCCUUCAUGGUCCUGGAAAAUGUUUGCAUCAAUGAUGAAGCGAGCGCGAGUCUACUAAAAUUCCGGAACGAGUAUAUCGACAAAUUUGGAGAUCGGUGGAUGAUAUGAUCUUCCGUCGUCGGCAUCAAACGAAAUAGCAGCGUCAGUUAGAUAUCCUGACAGCAGUGGAGAAAGCUGUUAGGGCAUUGGAAGGGAUAUGCGUAUUCCAUAUUCUGUCUGGUUGACCUGAGGAUGUCGCUUGCAUAUUCAUAAAAGACCGUAAUUCUCCUAGGAAUUCGACAAGGAGAUUUAAUUAUUGA